CUUGAUCUGCGGGUUUCUCUCAUCGGGUGAUAUAACGAUCUUUCCAAUCCCUAUCAGAACUGCCCGACCCGACAUCAGUCCUUUUUCGUUUACGUGCAGGGUGUGUGUGAUUUGGGGGCAAGGCUCAAACGUUGAUCCGUAUUUGUUCCCGGAUUUGCGUGCCGCUCUAACAGAUACGUAAUCAUGUCUCAAAACGUUUUGGUCAUUGGAAGUGGGGGCCGUGAGCAUGCUUUGUGCUGGAAGUUGGCUCAGUCCACUGAGGUCAAGCAGGUGUUUAUUGCCCCUGGAAAUGUGGGAAUCAUUGGCGAUAAAAUUAAAUCAGUGUCUGUUAAUGUAGCUGACCAUCCGGCUCUUGUGAAGUGGUGUACUUCAAACUCUGUAAGUCUCGUUGUUGUUGGACCUGAGAAUGAGCUAGUGACUGGAAUUGCUGAUGCUUUACAAAAAGCCAAUAUUCACUGCUUUGGACCCAGCAAAGAGGCUGUUCAGAUUGAGAGCAACAAAGAAUGGGCCAAACUUUUCAUGGAUCGCUACGAAAUUCCAACAGCACGUUGGGGCUCUUUUACACAGGCGGAGCAUGCUAAAAAGUUCAUCAACAACUCCACAUUCCCAGCUCUUGUUGUGAAGGCAAGUGGUCUUGCUGCUGGUAAAGGUGUAGUUGUCGCAUCAAAUACUGAGGAAGCCUGUGCAGCAGUGGAUGAAAUGCUCACUGACCAGAAAUUUGGCUCUGCUGGUAAUACAGUAGUUGUAGAAGAAAUUCUUGAAGGAGAGGAAGUAUCUGUCCUUGGAUUUUGUGAUGGCAAAACAGUUAAAGCUAUGCUGCCAGCUCAAGACCACAAACGUCUUCUUGAUGGUGACAAGGGACCCAACACUGGUGGAAUGGGAGCCUACUGCCCUUGUCCUCUCCUAAAUGAAAAGCAGCUUAAAGAAGUUGAAAAGAGCAUCUUACAGAAAACUGUUGAUGGGCUCAACAAGGAAGGCAAAAAGGGAAUUCCAUUUGUUGGCAUACUUUAUGCUGGAUUGAUGGUUACCAAGGAAGGACCAAAGGUUCUUGAGUUCAAUGCCCGAUUUGGAGAUCCAGAAACUCAAGUUCUACUUCCGCUUUUGGACACUGAUCUGUACCAGAUAAUGAAGGCGUGUUGUAAGGGAGAAUUACACAACCAAAUCAUAAAUUGGAAACAGAACAUGUAUGCAGUUGGUGUUAUCAUGGCUAGUCGUGGUUACCCUGAAACAUCUACCAAAGGAUGUGUUAUCACAGGUAUUGAUGAGGUUUCCAAGCUUCCUGACCAUAUUGUCUUCCAUAGUGGCACCGCCAAAAAUGAAAAGGGUGAAAUUGUGACAAAUGGAGGAAGAGUUUUGAUGCCUGUGUCUCUAGCUUCAAGUUUACCACUUGCUGUUGCACAGGCAACUAAAGCUUGUGAUAAAAUUAAAUUUGAUGGCGCACAGUUCCGACGAGAUAUUGCUCACAAAGGAAUCUCAAGGUCAAUUUUGUCUUAUGGUAAAAUGACUUACAAAGCAAGCGGUGUUGAUAUUACUGCUGGAGAUGAUCUUGUGUCUCGCAUCAAACCAUUAGUGGCCAGAACAAAACGCACUGGAAUGGUUGGUUCAAUCGGAGGCUUUGGUGGUCUCUUUGAUGUUUCAGCUGCUGGGUACAAAGACCCUUUGCUUGUCUCUGGUUCUGAUGGUGUUGGCACCAAGUUGAAGGUUGCCCAGGCUUGUGGAAUCCAUUCUACCAUUGGAAUAGAUCUUGUUGCUAUGUGUGUGAAUGACAUAUUGGCCCAUGGUGCAGAGCCCUUGUUCUUCCUGGAUUACUUUGCCUGUAGCUCUUUGGAUGUGUCAGCAGCAUCCCAAGUAAUUGCAGGAAUCAGUGAAGGAUGUCAUUCUGCUGACUGUGCCUUGAUUGGUGGAGAAACAGCUGAGAUGCCUGGUUUGUAUGCUCCUGGUGAUUAUGACUUGGCUGGUUUUGCUGUUGGUGCUGUGGAAAAGUCAAGUCUUAUGCCUCGCACAAACGAAAUAAGUGCUGGUGAUGUUGUCAUUGCUCUUCCCUCUAGUGGUGUUCAUAGCAAUGGCUUCAGUUUAGUUCGGAAAAUCGUUGAAAACUCAGGACUGAAAUAUUCCGACCCUUCUCCUUUCACCACAUCUGGGAAAUCCCUUGGUGAGGAACUUCUUGCUCCAACAAAGAUAUAUGUAAGGAGUGUUCUGGCUGCCUUGCAGAGUGGUCGCGUCAAGGCUCUUGCUCACAUUACGGGUGGUGGUCUAACAGAAAACAUUCCUAGGGUUCUUCCUCCAGGCACCCGAGUUAGAGUAGAUGCCACUGCUUGGAACAUUCUUCCAGUUUUCGCUUGGCUUGCUGCAGCAGGUGGUGUAAAUGAGUAUGAAAUGCUCAGAACAUUCAACUGCGGUGUUGGUCUUAUCUUGGUUGUGAGUCCCAAUAAUGUUAAAGAAGUUAUGAGUCUAAUAGUUGGUGAGAAAGCAACAAUUAUUGGAGAAGUUGAGAAACUACCAGCUGGCGAUGAUCAAAGAGUCGUUGUUGAAAACUUUGCCAAAGCAAUGGAUGUUGUAAUGAGGCCCUUCCUUGCACCUGUAAUAGAAAGGCUGGCAAAACCUAAAAAGCGUGUUGGUGUGCUGAUCUCUGGAAGUGGCACAAAUUUGCAGGCUUUGAUUGACAAAACACAAGACCCAGCAGCUAACAUGGGUUGUGAAAUUGUGGUGGUAAUUUCAAACAAGAGAGAUGUUGAGGGACUGAGAAGGGCUGAGCGUGCUGGAAUACCCACAAAGGUUGUGACUCAUACUGAUUUCAAAUCCCGAGAAGAUUUUGACAUGGCAUGUCAUAACAUUCUCCAGGAAAAUAGGGUCGACAUUGUGUGUCUGGCAGGAUUCAUGCGCAUUCUCUCUGCACCCUUUGUCAGACUGUGGAGAGGCCGCAUGCUUAAUAUUCACCCAUCUCUGCUCCCCCUUUUCAAAGGAACUCAUGCUCAAAAGCAAGCUCUUGAUGCUGGCGUCCGAAUUUCAGGCUGCACAGUCCACUUUGUAGAGGAGGAUGUUGAUGCUGGAGCAAUUCUUGUUCAAAAGACUGUACCAAUUGAGCAUGCAGAUACUGAAGAUAUUUUGCAAGAAAGAAUUAAGACUGUUGAACGUGAAGCAUUUCCUGAGGCACUCAAACUGAUUGCACACGGCCAUGUGUACUUAAAUACUUCUACUAAUCGUCUUGUUUGGUCUAGAUAAUUUAUCGUAUUUAACACUUUGUUUUAAACCUGAAGAGAUGAUGGAGAAGCAAAAUGAUGCAGAAAAUGGGCUUAUUGCCACUGAGAUUGAAGUACAAAGGCUCCUUUGAUAAAGGAUGUGAUAUUAAGUAACUGCAUAAAUCUGAGAUCUGUCAUAUUUACUGUUCACCAUCACAUCAUACGAGUAAUAUCAGAACGUUAACAUUCUGUUUAGAGAGACAGAAUUCAGUUGUAGGAUAUGUUCUCGGAUGUUACAUUCUGUGCCAUUGUUAGAAACGAUUCGGAUGUUAUAAAAUUUGUAUACAUUAUUAUUAUAAUUUGCUCCUUUAUAUUUUAAUAUUUUAUCAUCUAAAAAUGAAUUUACACAUUAAGGUUUUAUAAAAUGCAAUGCUUUAUAUUAAAUAUAUUUUUUUCUACUGUA